AUGGACGGGCGCGCCGAGCUGCCAGCCUUCCCCCGGGCCGGCGCCCCGCCUCUGGCCGCCAGCGACACGGUGCCCGCGGCACCCGAGGGGGCCGGGGCCGCCCGGCCCGCCGCGCCCCCACGCCCCACCUCCUUCUCGGUGCUGGAUAUUUUGGACCCCAAUAAGUUCAACAGCCGGAGACGCCGCUGCGCGCUCUUGGGCCCGGUGGCGCCUGCUGCGUGCGCCCCGGCCCCGUGCGCGCCAGCCCCGGCUCCAGCCACCCCAGGCCGCCCGCCGCGCGCAGAGGAGCUGGAACGCCGAGCCCUCGCCGCCUCCGGGGGAGCGGGAAUCGCCGCGGGAGCUGAGCUGCCUCACGCCGGCGAUCCCUACAAGGCCGACGAGGCCGAGGCCAACGGCUACAGCAGCGGCGGCGCCGGCGGCCGCAGCCCAAGCGCAGACAGCGGGGAUGAGGCGGCCGAGGACGACGACGAUGACGAGGCGCCCGAGGCGGAGGUGGCUCGAGGCGCGGAUGAGGCGCGGGGCGGCGGCCUCGGGGCCCGCGGGUCGGGCUGCCCGGUCGUAACCGAGGCGGAGGCGGCCCCCAUUGAUGAGACCACGACCCCGGGACCCCGCGGGACUUCACCUGGAGCUCCGGGUCCGCCAGGGGCCUCGGCGGCAGCGCCAGGAACCACAGGAACAACUCCGCAGGGCGCGGCGGCGACGAAGCCCAAACGGAAGCGCACAGGAUCCGAUUCCAAGUCAGGAAAGCCCCGGCGCGCCCGCACCGCCUUCACCUAUGAGCAGCUCGUGGCCCUGGAAAACAAGUUCAAGGCCACGCGUUACCUAUCGGUAUGCGAGCGCCUCAACCUGGCGCUGUCGCUGAGCCUCACCGAAACGCAGGUGAAAAUCUGGUUCCAGAAUCGCCGCACCAAGUGGAAGAAGCAGAACCCGGGGGCGGACACCAGUGCGCCGACCGGCGGCGGCGGCGGAGCGGGGCCGGGCGCGGGGCCAGGCGCUGGGCUCCCCGGCGGCCUCAGUCCGCUCAGCCCGUCGCCACCCAUGGGCGCGCCGCUGGCCAUGCACGGUCCGGCCGCUUACCCGGCGCACGGUCCCGGCGGCCUAGUGUGCGCCGCGCAGCUGCCCUUCCUGUCCAGCCCGGCCGUGCUCUCGCCCUUCGUGCUGGGCUCGCAGACGUACGGUGCGCCAGCCUUCUACGCGCCGCACCUCUGA